GUGAAAUGGUUAAAAGUUAGUUAUAGAGCGGGUUGCCUUUAGUCCAAAAUUCAGUUACGCCAGUCUCUUCUUUAAUUUCACAAUUCGGUGCAAAAAUCACAAUUAACGUCUCACCUCGAUCUCACUUUCAUCAACUCGUCUCCAGCUGCUUUACUGUGUGCGAGCAGCCGGCCACCACAAUGCCGCCCUCCGCCGCGAUUAGGAGAGCAAAGGCCGCUGUGAGAUCCUAUUUCUGCCGCUGCAUUGACGUGAAGACCAUGACCGAUCUCUCUCCCACCUAUUCCUACGUUCACUCACACUUCAAGAAGGUUUACGCAACACUAGUGCUUGCCUGUGUAUGCACAAUUUUGGGAGUGUCACUGGAUUUUGCUGGUGAAAUUGGGGGCCGCUUCACUUUUCUCGUAUUUUCUGGAUCCAUGUUUUUUCUACACAAGACACCUUCAUGGAGGGGGGCGAAGAGGAUUUGUUAUAUGAUGGCUGCUACAUUUUUUAUGGGGGCUUCUAUUGUCCCAUGUUUUCGACCUUUUGUCAACAUUGACCACGGAUUUUUGAUGACCAUAAUAGGGGCGCAAGCACUGUGCCACGUGGCAUACUGGCUGGGAGCAAUGCGAGCGAAAAGGACGCUGGAGAGGUCGUUCUACGUGAGAGGCGUCGUCUAUAGUUAUAUGUUCCUCCUCGUUUUGUUCGUCGCUGCUUUCUUGCGCUACAACCCCUACAUUGUUUAUUUCGUGAUGCUGUAUAUGGCAUGCUAUCCGCCAGCGCUGUGGGCUUAUAGCCAAGAGAUGGCAGUGAAAUUACCGCGAGGCGACGGGAAAAUGGACUGUGUGAGUUGCUGUCUCAGAUUCUACACCGACUAUCCUGCCAUCUUGGGCUACGCUAUUGCUAUCGCGGCGAAGGAUAUCUUCUACGAUGGCUAGCUUAGGCGGUGAAAUCGAUCGACUCGGCAUAAUCAGCAAUCGUUUAAUUAGCUGGGCGGGAUCUUUAUUGAAUUGGCUACAUCACGUACUGACGUACACUGGCUAAAUAAAUGCUUGGACUGGCUUUGUGCUGAUCGAAUAUGCAUUAACUACCAUAUCAUCAUAGCCUAAAACUGUCUAAAACAUAAUUAGCUUUCUUCAAUGUAUGAGUUUGUUUAACUGGACUAUUGUACAGUUGCAUACUUGCAUAUACGAUAGAUCAUAGAUGCAUGCUUGCUCAAAAAUAUCUUCUACAAAGUUG